GCCCAGCAUACCACGUGACCCACCCAGCCACACACGCGCCAGGUUAGAGUUCACUGGGCGUUGAUGAUGUCAUCGUCUGAAGAUGGCUGAAGGAGACGGAUGGUGGGGAGGCUGGCUUCAGCAGAGCUUCCAGGCCGUAAGAGAUAAGUCAACUGAAGCCUUGGAAUUCAUAAAGCGAGACCUGACUGAGUUCUCCACUGUGGUGCAGCAUGACACGGCUUGCUCAAUUGUGGCAACAGCCACUGCUGUCAGAAACAAACUUGCGGUGGAGGGAUCCUCGGACACAACAGAAAAAGUCAAGAAGAGUCUGUCUAGUUUCUUAGGGGUUCUCACUGACACACUUGCUCCGCCCCCUGAUAAAACCAUCGAUUGUGAUGUGAUCACAUUGGUGGCAACACCAGCAGGAACUACAGAAGUCUACGAUAGCUCUAAGGCGCGGCUCUACAGUCUCCAAGCUGACCCAGCUACAUACUGCAAUGAGCCCGACGGUCCUCUGGAGCAGUUUGACAGCUGGCUGUCCACUUUCAGUCUGGAUGAGAAGAAAGGAGACAUCUCAGAGCUUUUGGUCAACAGUCCCUCUAUCCGAGCGCUGUACACUAAAAUGGUACCAGCUGCUGUGUCCCACUCAGAAUUCUGGCAGCGGUAUUUCUACAAAGUCUUCCAGUUGGAUCAGGAGGAGGCGAGGCGGGUGGCGCUGAAGCAGAGGGCGGAGCAGGCUGCACACACGGAGAGCCUGGACUGGGAGGAGGAAGAGGAAGAUGACUUCCUUGGCGGCAUGUCGUCUCACCUCAGCCCAACACAGCCAUCAAAAGGUGGCUCGGCUCACGCCCCCGCCCUGACGGGCUCCGCGGGGACCCCUCCACUGAGUCCUGCUCUGUCUCCAUCUGAGGAAUGUGACGGCACGCUCUCGGGGAGCAGCGUCAGCCUGCCCACGCAGGUGGAGGUGCAGCCGGCGCCUGUCGGUGCUGAACUGAGGAGGAAGCUGUCGGAAGCCUCGCUGGAGGACGUCAACACGACCCCGGAGGAGCAGAAGUCGGAAAAGAGUCACAUAGCGGAGGCGGAAAGUGAAACGCAGGUGGAGGUUCCUGCAGAUGGAGCUUCAGCGCGAGUCCCCCCCUCCAAACAGCUCCAGACCGCCAAGGAAGAGGGACCGCAGGACCUCAGGGUGUUUGAGCUGAACUCUGACAGCGGGAAGUCCACGCCCUCUAACAACGGCAAGAAAGGGUCCAGCACUGACGUGAGCGAGGACUGGGAGAAAGACUUCGACCUGGACAUGACAGAGGAAGAGGUGCAGCUGGCUCUCUCCAAAAUCCAGGAUCCUGGGGAACUGGAUGAGGAGUGGGAGAACUGGGAGUAAAGGGGCUCUGCAGCACAAACUGUCCUGCUUUUAAAGCUAGCUCUCAGCCGAGGAAUCAUGCUUAUCGUGUCUUAACUCUUUGUCCACACCAUGUCAUGACUGUCGUUAGGGGAUUUUCUGGACCACAGUGGUUGAGCUGUUGAGUGAGCAACAGGAAGACCAUGGCAAUAAGAAUUAGACUGCUUCCUCAGCUGUGUGGUUGCAGCCGCCGGAGGGGGUGGCGACUCCGGUCUUGUUGGGGGUCCAUCCUCAACGGGCUGCAGCUAUUCGGAUGUUACAGCUGAAGGACUGGCGUCCCCGUGUGUGUGGGGGUUCACUGCAACGGGGCGGAAGCUGCUUUGCUUUUUUUUUUUUUUCUUUAUGCCAUUUAAUUAUAAAGUGAGUCAAGCAGACGGGCUGCAUGAUGGCCAAAACCAGUGACGCUGCUCGCCACUUUUCAUAAACGAAACACUCUGAUCCAUUUUGCCCUUUUUUUUCAUUUUUUUUUUUCAUCUUUCAUUCAUUUUAUUUUUUUGCCACCUUUAAUAUGCAAAAGGAAAAAAAAAAAGUCGGCCUUCUUUCACGAUGCACUUUCGUUUUGGAUCCACUCCUAGCUUUAGAUCCAUGGCCUUGGGAAGCACGCAGUGGCGUGCAAACAUUUGUGUCACAGCAGGACCAGCGAAGACGUCACUGUUAGUCCUCUACGUUAUAACAUCCACGCUCUGAGAAUCUGAUGUAGGUGGAGGGAGCUUGUUCAUUUGUCCUCUUGUUACAGGUCAUGAUUGAUUUACAGGAGAGGUCAGACUGGUCCUGCUUUGCUUCACUUUGAGGGCGACUGUCUGCCUGAUCUGUGAUUGCAUUAGUUUUCUUUUUUUUGGUCUGUGUGCAGAGUGAGAACGUGAGCGCACCUUUUCAAGUGUUUUCCCAUCUGUAAUUAAGAGAUGUAAGCAUAGAGCUGUAAUAUUUAUACAAAAUGAA